AUGCUGGAACGAGAAAAAAUAAAAUACUCAUGUCAAAAUUCUCUCUUACAAAAUAUAAAAUAUCAAUUAAAGAAAUUUCAUGAAACUGGUACAACACCUUUACGUCGAUCAGGCUCCAGUCGUUCACCAACUGCAUCAUCAAAACAAGUGUCAAAUAAAUUGAAACGAUUAGUUUUAAAUAAAAGAAGACGUUCAAUUCGAAAUGUUGCACCAAAGUUCAACUCCAAAAAUGAUAUUAUUUGGUCCACCAGUCGACAAGAUGCUGAUAAACAUGGUGGUUAUUACGGUCGUGAAAACUUUUCUCCUGGUAUUAUGCUUUGGGGUGCCAUAAGAAAUCAAUGGCCAAAACGUGCCAAGAAAACAAUGAAUGGUACACGAUAUGCUGAUCUCAUUAGAACUAUUGCUUAUCCAGCUAUUAUGCAACAAUAUCGAAAUCAGAUACCAAUCUUUCAAGAUGAUGCUGCACGUAUUCAUCGCACCCAAGCGGUGCUUCAACAAAUCGAUGCCUUAUUCAAUGAAAGAAUUCCUGUCGCUGUCCAAAGCCCUAAAUUUGAUGAUGUAUGGGCUAUAGAAAUAGUGUGGGGCAUUAUCCGUGAAAAACUACUUGAUAUGAAAUAUUUAACUAUCAAUCAACUGGAAUCACAAAUCAAAAAAAUUUGGCAAUCAAUUUCGUCCCAGCAAUGUCAAUCUAUAAUCUCAUCAAUGGUUAGACGAACUUCUCUGUUAACUAAAAAUGGCGGGCAACGCCUAACUCAUGAUGAUUAUCGAUGUUUAUAG